GUCUCUCUUUGCACGAAAGCACUUACAACUUCCGGAAAGGGUCACGCUGUCCUCCAUCGGCGCAUAUCACAGUCCGCAGAGGGUCACAUCAGGGAAAACUCAGCUGAAAUCAUGGUUUUCGAAGAUAAAAUGAUCACGAAUGGAGAGCCAGAGGAGGAGGAGGAGGAAGAAGAAGAGGAGGAGGACAUGGUGGACCCAUUAGAGACGGUGCGGGAGAAGUGUGAGCAGACAGAGCAUUGCGUUCACACUCGUGAGCGGCUCGAGGCGUGCGAGACGCGGGUCGGCUCGCGCUCAGAGACAACGGAAGACUGUACGGAGGAGCUCUUUGACUUCCUGCACGCUCGUGACCACUGUGUGGCCCACAAGGUUUUCCAGUCAGUCAAAUAAACGGAGCAUCUCAGCGCUCGGUUAUAUAUAUAUAUAUAUAUAUAUAUAUAUAACA